AUGAAUUAUGGAAUGGAUGCCGAUAUUUGGAGUUUAGGUAUCAUGCUCAUAGAAUCUUUAAGUGGACAGCAAACCUUUAAGUAUUGCUAAUUAAUUAAACAAGAAAAAGAAUUACUAUUAGAUUCAAUAAAUGAAACAAAUCUUAGAAUUAUUGCAAAGUAAACCAAUGAAAAUGACUAAAAAUAUAAUGAAUAAGUAUUUCAUUAAUGGUUAAGGUUAAAAUUCAAAUAAUGA